CUAGUUUUUACCAGCCGAAAUAUGAUUAGACAAUGCGUCAAGGAUAGAUUACCGCUUUUGUCCACAUCCAUGUGUAUUUACUCUUUUACCUGCUCUUGUGGAGCGGUUUAUAUUGGACGUUGUAAGCGUAAUCUCCGAAAACGUGUAGCUGAACACUAUCCAGUCUGGUUAAUGAAAGGCGAACGUAGAACCGCGAAGUCGUCUAUCUGUGAUCACCUGUUAGAGUCAGGUCAUUUAGCCCCACGUGAUUCAUCUUUCAAAGUUAUCUACAUGGCAAAAUCGAAUCGAUCCAAAAGUUUACGUUUUCUUCACUUAUGCAUAUCCGAAGCUUUAGCUAUACAUGAACAGAAACCUAAAUUAUGUGUUCAAAAACGUUUUGUCAAACCCCUUUCUUUACCUUGGUCAUAGUAAUGUUCUUUCUAGUUUUUACUUUAUUUUAUUUUACCACUUGAAUUCUUUCCACUUCACUUCACAUCUUCAUUCUUAUCGUAAUCGUACUUUUAUUUUAUAAAAUUUUUUUAGACAACACUUGACCUUUUUAAAACAUUUUUCAAUUCACUUAUAAAACAAUCUUUAAUAAUUUUGUAAUUUAUCCACUUCAACUCCACCCCUUAUAACAUUUUAAUAAUCGUUAUUCU